AUGAAGUGUGCUAGGGAAACUGAAAGAACUCAAUCUAGUCCAAGAAGUGCAUUAGAUGAAUGGGUUUAUGGCUCAGUGGUGCUCAUUGGCGACUCUGGAGUAGGAAAGAGUAACCUGCUGUCUAGAUUCACUCGAAAUGAAUUCAAUCUGGAAAGCAAGUCAACCAUUGGAGUAGAAUUUGCAACAAGAAGCAUCCAG